AUGGAUAAGGGUUCUGCGCUUGCUCUGUGGGAGAAGUUGGAGCAGCUCUAUAUUGCUAAAAGCCUAACCAACAAGUUACAUUUGAAGCGGAAAAUGUACAAGCUGAAGAUGGAGGAAGGUGGGAAUCAAAUGGACCACAUGAACAUGUUCAACAGAUGCAUGGGUCAACUGCAAAAAGUUGAUGUUAAGACUGAGGAAAAAGAUAAGGCCUUUUUCCUUCUUUCCUCUCUUCCCGAUACGUAUGAAAAUCUUGUUACAACUUUGUUGUAUGGUAAAGAUACAGUGAGCUUGGAACAUGUACAUGCAUCAUUGGUGUCCCUUGAUACAUAG